CCUCAACUUGACCAAACCUUCGAUACGCGAGCGACCAACUACUCACGUGUCCAGCGUCUCCAUUGCUAUCGCGACAGGAAAGUGCUAUCUUCUUCGCUUGUCUGUUCAGCCAGAAGAACCUCCUCCGCGCUGCCCGUUCAAGCUACCGAGUUGACUCCGAACAUGACAUGAGCUGAGCUGUCUCUCUGAAGUCAAGCACCUUUCGCCUUCUUUGCUCUUUCUCAAGCACACCCUGCCUACCAAGGCAUUGCUUAUCACAAAGCCAUGGCGUCUUCCCAGAAUGGCCACGCCAAUGGUACCAACGGCGACUCCCUACCGAAUGCGAAAUCGCUAGCCAAUCUUCGCUUUUCCGACAUUCCUUCUGCGAUCGAUAUUCCCGCGUCGACACUUGACAGUGAAGUGGAAGUCAGCCUUGAAGUUCUUCCCGACGAUCCUACCGAGCUGUGCACUCUCUUGGAGAAUGAGAAAGCCGCCAAAAACUUCUGGGUGACUAUCGCGCUCGCGUACGCCAAACAAAACCAACUCGACCAUGCGAUCGACAUCCUCAACAAAGGGCUGGCCUCCGUCGGUCAUGGGGCGAUCAAGGAGAAGCUCGGGCUCUUGAGCUGGGUCUGCUGGCUGUUGAUGCUAAAGUGUCGGCAAGCGCCUCGUGUCUUGAACGACUCCGAAAUAUACACAGAUUCUAAGACCAAGGACUACUAUCUACAACAAGCGACAUCUACACUGAAUGAGGCCUCGCGACUGAAUCCAGCUUUCCCCCCGCUGUUUCUGGCGCGCGGUGUUCUGUCUCUCUUGCGCGCGUCCAUGCAGCCUCUGCGACCUACGCGCACUGGGGGUAUCGAUACCUCUGAACGGGCCGAGUCGUUACGCCAGGCACUCAAGUGCUUUGAUGAGUCGUCCAAAGCUUUUGGUGGUCGCAAUGCAAUGGCGAUUCUUGGCCAUGCACGUGCACAGUAUAUGUUGGGUCGCUAUGCAGAGGCAUUGGAAGGGUAUCAGAAAGUAUUGGUGAAAAUGCCUGGGCUGAGGGAUCCUGAUCCCCGCAUUGGUAUCGGCUGUUCUCUGUGGCAAUUGGGAUUCAAAGAGCAGGCGAAAGCUGCCUGGGAGCGGGCGCUUGCACUGAACCCCGAUUCAAAAGUCGCCAACAUCCUUCUUGCAGUCUACUACUUAUACGACAGUUCCCGGCACUCCACCACAGACCCUGCCUUUGGUUCCUUGUACAAAGUCGCCAUGACACAGUACACGCAGAAAGCAUUCAAACUGGACAAAGAGUAUCCGAUGACAUGCGCUCUGUUUGGCAGCUACUUCCUCCUACGCAAGUCAUAUAGCACCGUUGAGAGCCUGGCCCGCAAAGCCAUUCAACAGACGGACGUGAUGCCGAUUGCCAGUGAUGGUUGGUAUUUGCUCGGUCGGAAAGCACACUAUGAAGGCGACCUCGGUCACGCAGCGGAGUAUUACAAUCGAGCGGAUCAGGCCCGCGGCGGCGAAAACGGCUACCUUCCUGCCAAACUAGGUAGUAUACAAAUGCAGGUUUCAAGCAGCAAAGAUCUCGAUGGAGCCAAGUUCCGGCUGGAGAAGAUCAUUCAACAGACCAAGAACCCCGAGAGUAUGAUUUUGCUCGGCGCCCUCUACGCGGAGGAAGUGUUCGCAGCCAAUAGCAAAGACGAUAAGUCUGCCGAAGCGAAGAAAGCCAUCGGGCUUCUGGAGUCUGUUCGCGCGCUCUGGAAGGACGAGAAUAAGAAGAUACUGCCUGAUGAGUCAGUUUUGGUGUAUCUGUCCCGCCUCUAUGAACAGACCGCCCCCGAAAAGAGCAUGCAAUGCCUCACCCAGCUGGAGGAAAUGCAACUCGCGGAGAUCCCUGAAGAGGAACGCCCUGAAGGGGUUGAGGACGCGGAGCAGAUCAAGGUUGCGCUUCGCAAACAGCUACCUCCGCAACUACUCAACAAUAUGGGCUGCUUUUUGUAUCAAGCCGAGAAGAUCGAGUUGGCUCGGACCAUGUUUCAAUCAGCGCUGGACGCCUGCGUCAAGUCCCAGGAGAAGGAAGGCGAGCUCGACGUCGACGCCCUGGUGACCACCAUCAGCUACAAUCUGGGUCGCACUUAUGAGGCGGCCGACAUGCCAGACGACGCCAAGAAGGUAUAUGGAGGCUUACUGGAGCGUCACGCCGACUACACAGAAGCCAACGCGCGAUUGACAUACAUCGCUCUGCGCCAGAGCCCAACGGAAGAGGGACCCAAGAAGAUGGCCAAACUGUACGAGGCCGACGCGACGAACCUCGAGGUUCGGGCCCUGUUCGGCUGGUAUCUGAGCAAGUCAAAGAAACGCGCGGCCAAUCUGGCGGAAGACCACGAGCAGCGCCACUACAAACACACCUUGCAAUAUUACGAUAAGCAUGACCGGUACUCGCUCACGGGGAUGGGCAACAUUCAUCUUUCGGCAGCGCGGGACAUGCGACGGGACACCGACCAAGACAAGGAAAAGCGGCGGAAGAUGUACGAGCGUGCGGUCGAGUUCUUCGACAAGGCUCUGCAGCUGGAUCCGCGGAACGCCUACGCAGCGCAGGGUAUCGCGAUUGCGCUUGUCGACGACAAGAAGGACCACGCUUCGGCGGUCCACAUCUUCUCCAAGGUCCGGGAUACACUGCGCGAUGCUAGUGUCUACCUGAAUCUCGGCCACGUUUACGCAGAGCUCCGGCAGUUCACGCGAUCGAUCGAGCAUUAUGAGGCUGCGCUGUCCCGCGACCGGGCUCGUGACGCGCAGAUCCUGGCCUGCCUGGGUCGUGUCUGGUUACUGAAGGGUAAACAGGAGAUGAAUCUACAGGCCAUGAAGACCGCGCUUGACUACGCCCAACGCGCGCAUGCCGUUGCGCCAGGCCAGGUUCACCUUGAGUUCAACAUCGCCUUCGUGCAGAAUCAGAUCGCCUCCUUGACGUACGGUCUUCCGGAGACGCAGAAGACGGUCCAGGACGUGCAGGACGCAGCGGAUGGGCUCCACAAAGCAGUGGAAACAUUCGGGCGGAUCGCGCAGGCCAAGAACCCACCUUAUCCAGCGAGUGCCUUGGAGCAACGCGCGAACAUGGGUCGCACGAUCAUCAAGCAGCUUGAGCGUGCCCUACAGAGCCAGAAGGACUACGAGGAGAAGAAUGCGGCCAAGCUCCAGCAGGCGCGCGAGGCGCGCGAGGCGGAUAUUCGGCGCCGCGAGGAGGAGGUGCGCAAAGCGCAGGAGGCCGAGCGAGAGCGCAAACAGCGAGUUGCCGAGGAGCGCCAGCGCAUGGUUGAGGAGGCACAACGAUUGGCCGAGCAGCGCGCCGAGGAAGAACGCGCCCGCGAAGAAGCGGAGCUGACGACCGAGUCGGAGACGGGGGCCAAGGUAAAGCGCAAGAAGCGGACCACCUCGAAGCGGAAGAAGAAGGGUACUGAGGACGACUUCAUCAACGAUGGUGGGGAUUCACCCCGUCCAGCGAGAAGCAGCGGUAGUGAGAGUGAGGGUGAGACGGCACCGAAAAAGCGUCGGCGCCUAGAGCGUCGGGCUGGAGGCAAGGUCCAGAGCAAAUUCAAGAGUAGCGAGAUGGUGGUAGACUCGGAUGACGAGGACGACGAGGCGGUGGCUCCGGCGGACGAGGAUCAAGCGAUGCGUGGUACGGAGGCGGGUGAUGAUGAAGAAGAGGAGGAAGAUGUGGUACAGCGGCGCCGAGCCAAGGUCACGCGGCGCGUGGCUGAUGAUGAUGAUGAUGACGAGGAUGAGGAUGAGGAUGAGGAUGCGAAUGCAGAGGUUGGCGCUCCCGUGGCUGGAAGGGGCGCAGGAUCUGGGGCUGAGCCUGAAGAAGGCACAGGUGCUGGGGGCGAAGACGGAGGAGCUACUGUUGGGGGCGAUGAGGAUCAAGGAUAUGAAGGAGAUGACGGUUUGUUCAGUGAAAAUGACGAAGAGGAUACCGCGAUGCAGGAUGAUCAAUGAGGUCUGUAAUCGUGUUGGAUUGAGUUGGGAAUGAGGUGAGGGGGCAAGGGAUUGCAAGAAACAAAUCAAUUGUAGGAUUAGGGCAUUUGCAUUUUGUAACAUCAAUUCUUUACUCUGCCUAUUGGUUGAGUGUUUUCUUGUUUGUCUUAACUAGCUGUAGCGACUAUAUCUAGUGAAGUUGUUGUGUAGAAAGGCCUA